CCAGAAGAAUGCGGAUUAUCCAUGGUAACAGGAAAAUGUCGAGGUUUCUUUAAAAGAUAUUAUUUUAAUAUGGCUUCAAGGGAAUGUGAACCGUUUAUUUUUGGUGGUUGUGGUGGUAACGAGAAUAAUUUCCAGACUCUAGCUCAGUGUUUAAAAAGAUGCUAUAUACCUGCAAUAUUACCAGUAGUUAAAUAUUAA